GAGGGUUGCCAAUGUCUAAAUAGGUGAAACUGGGGCCCUUUGCACGGCGAGCGAUAUCAAUUUUGGAAAAGGAAGAAUUUCAGGUGAAGAGGUUGCGCUCACCAAGUCAACCAAGUCCAACAAGGGCAUGACGUUGGGAGGGGCAUUUCGGUGGGGGUAAAGGGUUAAUCCCCAUUGGGACUAGCGGUAACUCACCCAGCAGGGAUAGUCGGUCAUCCCAUCGUUGCCGCCGACGCCGACGCCUCUUCAUCCUUUUCAUCCUCCUCCAACAAGAAAACAGGACACGACAAGACUGGACAAGACAAGACAAGACCAAGUCAUUCACAGUCAAUCAUUCAAUCAAUCAAUCGCAGCCGUGCCGUCACUCAUGUGUCUCUCUAUGCAUGUCCCCUACAUAUCAAUCAACUACUACUGUAACAUCCUGAAUAAAACAUCAGAUCAUGUUUUAUUCCCCAUCCCACUGCAUUCAAUCAACCCCGUCACUUCUCCCAGCACAUGUCUUCCUCUUCUAACCUUACUCUCCAUCCUUCAAUCCUUCCUCUAUUUCUUGGCCGAACGUCAAGUCGGCCUUGACCUCUCUGGCAUCGCCAUCUUCCGGCCGGUACAUGAGAGAGCCUCUUUUCCAUUCUCUUUCUUAGAUGAUUUGAUUAGACAGACCUAUGCCGUUACGCCGGAGCCACCCCACUAUUGCCCGCCCACGUCCUACACACUCGAUUUUUUUUCUUUUCUUUUCGACGGUAUGAAUCAAAUUGUUAAGCCUAAUAGGCGAUUCGUCGCUAUCGGCCUAUCGGGAAUACUCCCUAUAGUAAUCCAAAUUAUACAUGGGCCGUGGCUCUCGACCCAACUCGCAACCCACGAGAAGGUGACUGUCAUGUGCUUUAUCUCGAGACACGACAGAGCGAUCGGCCACUACCAAAAGUAUACCCGUGGGAUGCUCUUAGCUCCGGCCGAGCACUGCGAGAUUACAAUUGUAUGAUGUGAAGUACAUGGGUAUCGAAAGACUCGGCUGCAUCGUGUACGCGAUGCUCCGGGU